UGUUUACCUACAGCAAUGCAGUGGCUUCUGUUACUUUGCUGUGUGACUGUUGCGAGUUCGCUUAGACUCGCCGCGUACAUAUCUUCUGGUGGUCUGCACGGUGAAAUUCGAUUCGAGAAAAUCACCGAGUCUUCCGUGCGAAUACGAUAUUCUCUAAAACCGACUUUGCAAUAUCCGGAUCAGCUAUGGCUCUGGUCGAUCACCCAGUUUCCUGUCGAUUACACGAUCAUCGAUGGAAGAUGCGACAAACGACACAUCGGAGAAAGUAUCAUCGAUUUGACAGAAAAAAUCGGACCUCUUGAGUUGCCAGCAAAUCAAACAGGUUCGAUAGAAGUUACAGAUCUGUUUUUAACUGGAGAAUUAGGUUUGUGGGGAAAAGCUCUGGUAUUGAAAGAUAAUUAUUCGCCAAGAACAAUAUGCGCUUCGAUCACGGUUCUUGAAAGAAAUGUUGAAAAAUUUGCUCAAGCGCGUUUUUACGGUCCCAUAGCUGGAACAAUUUUGUUUCGAUGGUUGGGCGGCCAAACGGGCGACCCCACUGAUACUAUUAUUCAUACAAAUUUGCAUCACGUUCACAAGCAAAAAUUACAGUCACUAAAUUAUACCGAGCAUCAUUGGAAAAUAUAUGUCACCGAUAUCUUCGAAACUGGCAAAGAUAAAGACAAUUGUAAUAUACUCCAAAAUGUCUUUGAUCCUAACAAUUCUGGCGUUGGAGAAUCCAUCGGAGAUGUCGAUAUACGUUUAGGCAAGAUAAAAGUCGCCGUUGACGCACAGGAAAAGUAUAAAACUUUCUAUAGAGAUCCGGAAUUAUCUUUAUUGCCAGCAGAUCUGCUUGGUCCACAUCGUCACUUAUACUUAGUCAUCUUUCAUCCAAUGCACGAGGACUCGUUCUUAGCUUGUGCCAAAAUUAAUCAUCGCAAGCCAAUACACACUAAGGCCGUAAUCAACUCGCACGGCAUCAAAGGUGAAAUUACUGCGAUCCAAGAAACGCCGUUCGAUCCGACGUGGAUCAAUAUCUCUCUGACGACUACAAAUGAUCUGGAAACCAGAUUGCGAUAUGCUACUAAAGUAGCAUCAUAUAAAAUCCACGAGUUACCUCCGGAACCGGCAAAGAGUGUGGGAUUUACUGUCGAUUCGUGUUUAACUACUAAAAAAAUGUUUAACCCUUCGAAUAUCGACGAGAAGAUCGUCCCACCUGCAGGUUUGGGAACUCAGGAUCAAUACGCUAUCGGCGAUCUAUCGGGUAAGCUUCAAGGGCGAAAGGAAGGAUCUUAUCACAAUGAUAUUUUACCCGGAAGCGCCAAACUCAGUGGAAUUUACUGGGAUACAUACUUACCACUUUCCGGAGUCCACAGUAUCGUUCACAGAUCUUUAGUUCUUUACAAAUAUAACGAGACCGAUAACAAAGGACUGAUUCCGUGGGUGUGCGGCACGUUCGCGCUUUAUACGCCGUACACUGAUUGGCAAAUGCCAAUGUACACGGCGAAAGCGGUAUUCAGGUAUCCCAUUGUCGGUCGCAUAGUCUUCCGACAGCCCAAAGAUGAGCCCGAAAUGGACACUACUGUAAUAAUAGAACAUCUUGUCCACGCAGACGGCAACGCAGUGAAUAAUACUGCGGAUCAUAGAUGGAUGGUGCACGAAAAUCCACCGGGAAAAGACUUUUAUAACUGGACAGGUCGUUGUUUGAGCGCCGGAUUGCCCUACAAUCCAUUUAAGGUGGAAUGGAGUCUGAACAGUUCUUGUCUCGUCUCAGAAACCUCGUUGUGUCGUCUCGGUGAUUUAACGAGGCACGGGAUGCUCGAUAUCGCCGGUAGAAAAGUCAAUGCUUCAGAAGUGACCCGAAGACUCUUUACAGACACGAUGUUACCUUUAUCAGGCUCCCACACGUUGCUCGGCAAGAGUUUGGUCAUUUACGACGAUCACGGACCAGUCGCGAGAGGAGACCGAUUGGCUUGUUCCAUUAUCGGCGGCGUCUAUCGGCGUAAAGCUGUCGUUAGAGAUUGGUUCGGUAACGGCGAGCAAGUGGCUCUGGAAGGAAAAUUGGAGUUCUUGCAGCAGACCGAGUACGACGUCACCAACGUGGAAGUGUCUCUCGAAGGUCUCGGUGGUAAGAUGAGCGGCUAUCACAUACACAUGACGCCUGUAGAAUACGAUCUAGAAUUUCCAUGCGAAGGAACUUCACUCUAUGGACAUUGGAAUCCAUUGGGCGUCAAUAACAGCGAUGUACCGGCGACGGAAGAAGGUACGCUGGAUCAAUAUGAGAUGGGUGAUCUGAGUGGAAAAUUCGGCACCUUGGACAACAAAAAGAGGCAAGCUUCGGCGUAUAACGACACGAUGCUGCCACUGUUUGGUCCGAGGAGCGUACUGGGACGCAGCAUAGUUAUUCACAAGAAAGAAAAGAAUUUAAGAUGGGCGUGCUCCACCAUAGAGAGAGGCUACUCUCCGACCGAGGCCAGUGAGUUGCGUGCUAUCGCGUCGUUCCAUCAUCCUCAAGGCUUCUUAUAUGGUUACAUAAAGAUGACGCAGCUUGUCUAUAAAGACGGCAGUGAAAGUGAGACGGUGAUCGAAGUAAACUUACGACAUCCCGGAAAACACGAUCGCAAUGUGACCAGAAAUCACAAUUGGGCGAUAUAUGUGAAUCCUGUGGGUGUGGAUGCCACGGUAAAAGUGAAGAACACCCGGUGCGUGGCAGGUGGAUACAUAUGGAAUCCAUAUUUCACUCAAUUAGCCGAUCCGUUGAACGAGGAUCUCUAUAGAGAGGAAUGUGGUCCAGAUUUGCCGCUCAGGUGUUACGUCGGCGACAUAUCGUCUCGUUUAGGACCCGUUAACGUUGGGGUGAAGCGGCAGGUCUUCACAGAUCCAAAUUUUCCUCUAGGUGGUCCGAUAUCCGCAAUGGGCAAAUCAAUCAUUAUUUUCGACAAGGAUUUCGGCAGCAACAGAUUCGCCUGCGCAAACAUCGAGCCCGAUAACGACAUCGUGAAAUACGCGAAUAUUAGAAAACCACCGCGAUUUGUGGUGGCGCAAUUUUUGGAGGAUGUGAGAAAGGUGAUGGGCAUUCCCGAGUGGAUGCUAUCAAUCGAUGGUAGAAAGACAAAGAUAUUACAUAACGGCGCGUGCAUUCAAUUCCUCCUGCAUUUUAAAGGUCCAAUUGCCAAUAAAUUGGACCAAGACUUUAGCAAGCUCAUAUCCACCGGUAAACUCGAGGCUCCUAGUUUGUAUAUUCCUGGAUACAUACCGACGAAGAGGAAAAGUACGCUAGGACAUCGACAGUGCGGCACACGUGAUCCGAAUGAUAAAAAUCGCGGUUGUACCCGGGGCAGGGCACCCCUGCUCGGACCUACCUCCGGACCCGCUGGUGGGGGAGAUCCGCAGAAGUUACUUAGACAAGUUCAGCUCUAUGAUUCGGACAGUUGGUUCGUCGCGGAUAAGGAGAAGAAGAAGAAGACCAAGAAGAAGGAGGAGGCACCUGCUCCUGAGCCCGAGCCGGCGCCAGCACCGGAAGAGAAGGCGCCAACCCCUGCAAGCACACCGAAGGAGUCUGGCUCCGCCAGGGCGAGCAGCCGCGGCAGCCGCAAGGCUAAGCGCAGCGGAUCCAGCGUCUUCUCUAUGUUCUCGCAGAAACAGGUGGCCGAGUUUAAGGAGGCAUUCCAGCUAAUGGACGCGGAUAAGGAUGGCAUCAUCGGCAAGAACGAUCUUCGCGCGGCCUUCGACUCCGUCGGCCGACUCGCGACCGAUAAGGAGAUCGAUGAGAUGCUCAAUGAAGCUUCGGCACCCAUCAAUUUCACCCAGUUGCUGAACUUGUUCGCUGUUCGUAUGUCGGGAUCGGGCGCUGACGAAGACGAUGUUGUGAUCAAUGCCUUCAAGACGUUCGACGAUAACGGCAAAAUCGACGGCGAGAGGUUAAGGCACGCCUUAUUGACAUGGGGCGACAAAUUCACGCCCAAAGAGGUGGAUGACGCGUUCGAUCAGAUGUACAUCGACGACAAAGGUUUCAUCGACACCCCGAGCUUAAUCGCCAUGUUGACCGGCACGGGCGAAGAGGAAGAGGAAUCAUAAGUCAACCGCAGUUAUAUCAUCAAGGAAAGGAAACACGUUCCUCGAUUAUGAAGCCUCGUAUUUAACGUCAGAUUCGCACAGUUUGCCUGAAAAGGGAACAAACACUUUACAUCUAAUCCUUAUCUCUCCUAUCUUUCUCUUUUGAUACUAUUUCAUUGAUUGACAAAAAGAUGACGAGAAACUACCGGUCCAAACUAGCCGAAAACUGUCUUUCUCUCUUUCUCGGUCUCUCUCGCUCCUUCUCUCUUCUUUUCGUUCCUUUCUUUUUGUCUGUCUUUUCAUUUCUCUCAUGCCCUUAUUUUCCUCUGUAUUUCUCUUCAGUUUCAUGUUUUCUCUUUUUCUGUAUCUCUCUUUGGCUCUAUUUUUCACUUUGCUCUUAUCUUUCUUCAUCUUUCUCUCCUUCUAUUUCACUGUUGAUUCUUUCUCUAUUUUUUCAUCUAUCUUUUUCGCCUUUUGUUCUUUCUUCCAUCUCUCCUUCCUUUCUUCUUUCUUUCUCUUUUCUGCUCUUUCUGUUCUGGUCAAACACUGCUGAUCCCAAAAGGAACGGCGAAUCCGAGAAACGCUAUUGAUUCUAUAGCACAAUUCUCUUAGAUGUAUGAACCGUAUGUCUGCCGAUAAACGAAGCUUCAUCAUACCAUUUUAUCGUUCGCAUAAUAAAAGUAUUUAUUAAAACUCUACGAAGCUCUCUGAUUUCGUUCUGCUACUCUGCCGGCGGAAGCGAGAAUGCGCUUCAGCAUUCUUGACUAAAGCAAACGGAGGCAAAUGGAGAAUGUUAUAUUUUUGUUGUCUCAGAAUAUACGGCAAUCUUUGGUGUUGAUCGGUUAACAGAAAUACAAUCGCUGCCAUCCAUACUUUUUUUUAUAGAAAUAUAUAUAUAUAUAUAUACACUUCAGAUAUAUUAUGUUCCAUACGCGAAUUAUGGUAUUUGAAAGAUACGUUUAAUGUAUUAUUAAAUGUAACAUACACGAUGCAUAAUAAAAGAUUCAUUGGUGG